CGUCACACACACUUCUCUUUUUUUCCUCUCCCUUCUCCCUUUUCCUCACCUUCCCCUUCUCGUUCUUUUUUCCUGUCCCCUCGUUCCAGCAGAGCAUCUCUGUGCAGCUCUGCCUCUCUCCCCGCCGCCCACUCCUCCCCGAGCACUGAUCCGAGCGGCCGCUCUGCCAAAGCCUCAUCAUAGCUGCGCUCUUCGGGCUGUUCCUUCACGGAGAGGAGAACCGGGGACAUUUUGGACCACAUUGCUAUAACCCCCCCUCCCCAUCCACCCACUAACCGACCCCGAUCACCAUGGCGAGCACGGAGGAUAAAGCCACCAAAACGGAGAACGUGUCCACUUGGAAGGACUCCAUCUACAACCCGCGGACCGGGGAGGUGCUGGGACGCACGGCCAGCAGCUGGGCCCUCAUCCUGCUCUUCUACCUGGUGUUCUACUGCUUCCUGGCUGGUAUGUUCGCCCUGACCAUGUGGGUAAUGCUGCUCACUCUUGAUGACUACGUGCCCCGGUACCGAGACCGCGUUCCCAAUCCAGGAUUGGUGAUUCGUCCAAACUCACUGGAUAUCUCGUACAACAAAUCUGACCCACAGAAGUAUGUGCAGUACGUCCAACACCUGGAGUCAUUCCUUCAAAGAUAUAACGACUCAGAGCAGGAGGAUAAUAUAGAUUGCAUUCCAGGACAGUACUACAUGCAGGAUGAUGGGGAGGCCGAUGCAAAGAAGGCCUGUCCCUUCAAGAGGGCCUCCCUGAGUCUCUGCUCCGGCCUCUCUGACUCCAGCUUUGGAUAUCAAGAGGGAAAACCCUGCGUGCUUCUCAAAAUGAACCGGAUCAUUGGUCUGAAGCCAAACGGGGACCCCUAUAUCAACUGCACAGUAAAAAGAGACAGCCCGGUGGAAAUGCACUAUUUUCCUGGUGAGGGGCGCUUUGAUAAGAUGUAUUUCCCCUACUACGGAAAGAAAGCCCACGUGAGGUACGUGCAGCCCCUGGUGGCCGUGAAGCUGCUGCUCUCCAAGGAGGACUACAACAAGGAGCUGGCCGUGGAGUGCAGGGUGGAGGGCACCAACCUCCGCAACAACGACGAGCGGGACAAGUUCCUGGGCCGCGUCACCUUCAGGAUCAAGGUCGUGGAAUAAAAGCGAACGCAGUUUGUAAAAAAGGAAAUCGAAUGAGGAUGCCCACACAUGCCAAGGAUUCAUGUUCAAAAGUUCUUAAAGGAAGAAAGUGUCAAAUAGGUCACCAAGGCAGCAUUUUCCGAUGCGCCGACACGAGCAGGCUGCCGAUGGGAGAGCCUGUCACAUGUUGCUCUGGUGACAUUUCUGACCCUUCUUUCCAUCAUGAAUCCUUGCUGACCUCUUCAAAGAUCCCCUGAACAAAACACAGGCGCUGGUCCUGACCCCCGUUCAUCCACCUUUUUGUGUUCACCGACUGCACUGGUCCAUUUAUUUACUUCAUUAGCAUUUCCUUUUUCUAGUAUUGGUGUGAUUUGAUACUUUAUAGCCAUUCCAGCCGAGCUGUUUGGAGGUGUUGUGUACAACUGCUGAUAGUUCCUAUUUUUAUGUUUUUGUAAUGUUCCUGCUGUUAGGACGAGUGUGUAUCGUUUUUCCUUUCUUAUACUGUUGGAGGGGGCAGUAUUAUUACUGGGGUUGCGGGGAUUUUUAUCUUGCUGUAUAGUAGAAACAGAGAAAGUAGAAACAUUUCCGAAACAGUAUUCACAUCUCUCAUUGCACAAAGACUUCAUAGGAACGUACUUUGAUAAUCAAGUAUAGCCACUGUUAUCCCUGUAUAUGAGAUGCCAACUACAAAGUCCCUUUCAGCUAUAAAUACAUUGUGAUCCUUACCAUAUUUAGGGAAUUAUAGAUAGAUCUACGUGCUGCGGCCCACGGAGCUGCAGCCCAGUCUUGUGCUGUCUGUCUGUCCGUCUGCAUGUCCGUCUGUCCGUCCGUCCGUCUGCCCGUCUUCCUGUUUACACACCUUCUCCACUGCAAUAGCCCUCCAGGACUGGAUGCGUUGUCUGGCUCCACCUUGCCAGGAGCAGUGCUGCGUUAUCGCUCUCAGGAGGCGCAAGCGCAGGAUCUGCUUUCACGGCGGAGAGGCACUGGAGAAGCGUUGCAAAAAAGAAAAAAGUUCUCUGUAACUAUGUACUGUAUAUCUUUAUGUAAUAUGUAUAUCUAACUGGGUCUCAAAGAUUGUUUGUUAGUUUACUCUCUUCUUCAGCCUGUUUAUCUGAUUGUCUGCCAAUCUAUUACUCUUCAAUGUAUAUAUAUAUAUAUAUAAACACUAUCUACCAUAUUUACUUAAUUCACACUGUAUUUUUGUCACAAAACACAAUGUCUGUGCACUGUAAAGAAAUAAUUUAAGCAAAGAUUUACAGGAAAUUAUCUUAUUCAAAGCUAUGUUUACACAGUCUUAAAAGGAGCCCACAUUUCAAGGAACAACUUGUAACAUCUCCUCGGGGUGCCUUAAGACUUAAUGAAAUAAAAUGUGGAAUAAAAGUGAUUUUGAAAAA